UGUAUAAGUGUGGAUGGUUGGCUUGUGUUUCAGAGUGAAAUUCAGACUGAACUCAGCCCUCUGGGAUGUGAGCAGCAGAGUGUCAUCGGGACCCCUACUGGAAUAGGACGCCGUUAUCAGCAGUGAGAAGAUGGACUCUCAGUGUUGUGCUGAUCAGCGUUCCUCCCCACAUCAAGUUCAGCUUUAUCUGCACUUCCUUCAUCAGGCUGACCAUCACCUUGACUCCCUGCAUCAAGUUCAGCUUCAGCUGCUGUCUCUUCAUCAAGCUGACCUUCACUGGGGCUCUCUAGGUCAUCCAUGGUCAGAUGUACCAGCUAUCCCAACAUUGUGCUUUUCAUGUAUUCGAGGAUUCUGCGUAUCUGCGGGUGUCUCGGGAAUACUGUGUAGUUUGUAGCUCUCGAAUGCCUCCCCAGAAUGCCUGUGGUACAAGUGGGCGGGAUAUUCUCUCACCGCAUAGUCCUUCUAGUUUUCACCAGCAACUGCCUGCUCUUCCAUGAAACCUACAGUCAGAAACCUGCCAAGCUCCCUCUGAUUAAACAGAAGCCAUUUAUUGCAGCCUGGAAUGCUCCACUAGACAUGUGCACCUUCAAGUACAACAUCACAGCCAAACUUGACCAUAUUUUUCACAUACAAGGAAGCCCACGUGCUAACUGGACAGGACAGAACGUCACUAUAUUCUAUGCCAACAGGCUUGGUCUCUACCCCUACUACAACCCACAAGGCAGCGCCGUACAUGGUGGCUUACCCCAAAACAGCAGCCUGGACCGCCACUUGCUAAAAGCUUACCAAGACAUCACUCACUUCAUACCAGCAGAAGACUUCCGUGGUCUAGCUGUGAUAGACUGGGAAUUCUGGCGGCCUCAGUGGAGUCGGAACUGGCACAAAAAGGACAUUUAUCGGCACAAAUCCAGGGAGCUGAUAAUGAAAGCGUACAUUAAUGUUACUCUGGCCCAAGUGGAGGAGCUUGCACGGCGGCGGUUUGAGAAAAGCGCCAAGGUGUUCAUGCAACGGACAAUUCAGCUAGGAUCAUAUCUCCGCCCAAAUGCCCUUUGGGGUUUCUACCUUUACCCUGACUGUCAUAACUACAACAUGCACGAAAAAAAUUAUACUGGUGUCUGCCCCUUGCUGGAGAAACUGAGGAAUGAUGAGCUGCUGUGGCUUUGGAACAGCAGCACAGCAUUAUUUCCUUCUGUGGGAAUCAGAAAAACCCACAGAGACAGCAUCCAAAAUCUGCACUUUUCUCAAUACAGGAUCAGGGAGGCACUACGAAUUGCAUCCCUGACCUCUAAGGAGUAUGACCUCCCCACCUAUGUGUACCUCAGACUUGGCUAUCGGGAUGAUGCCCUGACCUUUCUAACUACAAAUGAUUUGAUCUACACCAUUGGAGAGAGUGCUGCUUUGGGGACUGCAGGAUUCAUUAUAUGGGGAGACUUAAAUUUGACAUCUUCUAAGAAUAACUGCAGCAUGGUGAAGUCCUUCAUCAGUCAUCGCCUUGGUCACUACAUCACUAAUGUCACACGAGCCGCUGAAAUCUGCAGCCACACUUUGUGCCAGGGCAACGGCCGAUGUGUUCGCCGGGAGCCCCGCGCCCACCACUACCUCCACUUGAGUGCUGACAGCUAUCACAUUCAUUCCUCUGGGGACGGAGCCUUCACGGUUACGGGGUGGCACUCCCAGCAGGAUCUCCAGCUCCUGACAAAGACGUUUCGAUGCCACUGCUAUGAAGGACACGAUGGAGACAACUGUGACAGCAUCAACAAAGUAAAGGAGGAGGAUGAGCUGUGGAGGGAAGAGGAUGACAAAGAAGACAGAAGAAGAGUAGAUUGGGAAGAGGAACAAGGUGAACGAGCAGAAGGAAGAGAGAAUGCUGCACUACCAACGAGCAGCAGCCAUUGCUUAAUCGUAUUUGUGCUUCUGUUCAACAUCCUGCUUGUGGGGGAAGUUUAAUCAUCACAGAAGUCACUAUAAAAGCAGCUUUGUGUUUUAUCUCAAACACAAUUACUGUGACCGUCGAUAUGACUGUGCUGAAUCAGAAAAAUUAAUGUUCCAGAUGAGUCAUUAAAGAACUUAAACAUCAUCUGUUCAGCGUUGAAGAAUAUUGCAUGUCAGAUACUAGGACAUUUUUCUAUUCAUGGUCCACAGAGUCUAAACUUAAAUUAAAGACAUUCCAGCUAUUACUGUGUAGGGAACAGGAACCACUGUGGAUAUGUCACCAGCAUUAGCAUUACUUUAUUGAGCUAUGGUAACAAAUGGAUUUUCUCAUUGUAUAAAGUUCUAUUCUUAUUCCUAUACAUAACCUCUUGAAGAUCAUUUCAAUAAGGAGAUCUUGAAAGUUUGAUUUAAAGUUUUAAUAGUGCAGCAGGAAUUUGUGCAUGAAAUAGCUUGGACGCUGAUAGCGGUUAAGCCCAGACCGCGCCGAAGCGGAGAGCCAGGAAGAGAACAUGCUGGGGGUGGGCCAGUAACACGUCUGAAAUGCAGAAAAACAAACUUCUAUGAAUGUAAAGGCAGGAAGUUGACUGUGAUUGGCUGGGAAGAAAACAAGCACUUUAGCUAUUGGCUCAGAGUAAGGACAUAAUGAGUGACGUGCAGAGGGAAGAAUCAGCAACGCAGCAAACCUGAAGAUGAGCUUCACUUCGGUAAAACCCACAGUAAGCCACAGUAAUAACAAAUAUUCCACUACCACAUGGAGAUUGUAGGAAUCAGUGCUAGUUUUGCAAUUUUUAAAUAAUGUAUAAUAAAAUCUUUUUAUCAAAUUAAAAGAGCAUGAAUUCUUUUUUUAUUUUCAAAAUGACUGGAGUUAAAAAGAUGCUAAAUGAGAAACACAAUAGUUCUCAAUAAAAACUGUUCCCGGACCGUAAAAUAGCUGUUAAUUUUUUUUUUCCUUUAGCUUUUUUAUGCAUUUAUUUUACUGCCAAUAAAAGAAAAGCAAAGCAUGGGAAACAUGAUUGUUAUCGAAUGCACCGCAGCAGCAAUCUUCUUCUGGGCAACAGUAAAUGUAAGAAUUGGCAGGCAGGAGCAGCAGCUGUGAACACACAUUGGUUCCUGUCAACAACAUAAACAGUUUUUAGGUGUAUACAGACAGGACACAUUUGGUUCUGAACCAGAGUUCACUUCACCUGAAAAAUUCAGAACUAAUUUGCAGUCUGAAUGCACUCAAGCAGACCCUGGUCCUGUUGGCGCUCUCUGACCCAUCAAUCGAGGAGGUCGGUCUCAGUUCAUUUCCAAUCUGACUGAGCUGCCGUUCACUAGGAGUUUUUCUCAGGUCUGACUAGGAUCCGUGCUCAGAGUGGAUGAGCAGUGAAAUGUUUCAAGAAAGAAGAUUUUAAGUCUAGAUGCCGUGACUCAACUUGACAACAUGACAAAACUUUUUACCUUUAUAUUUAAUACUUGAAAUAGUAAGAUUGUUUGCUGUUUAGACAAAAGUAAUUCAUCUUUUAAACCCGUUUUGACCCUUUCUGGGUGACGGGGCUGCUGGAGCCACGCGUGGGUGAAGGCAGGGACAUCCUGGGCAGCCGGGACUUGAACAAGGGGGCCUUCUUGUUGUGAGGCAGCCACCAGAGCGCUAACCACUAUACCACCAUGCAGCCCAAGGCAAAAUUCUCUAAAAAUGUUAUGUUGUACCAAAAACUUGGUAUAGUAUAUUUUUUCACCCUUUCCGGAAAGCAUGAGACAGCACAGUGUCCAAACCACAUUUAUGCUCAGAGAAAUGUCAGUCAUGUAACUUCCUUCUCUUGCUGGACAGACUUCACUAAGUAUGUUACCAUUUGACAAAGAAACGGAACAGCUACUGUCAUAAUAUAAAGGUGCUAUGUCAACUGCGCUGUAAAGUCAAAUUUUACCAUCGCCAUAGAUGUAUGUUUGCAAAGUCUAUAUGGCAAAACCACAAUAAAGUGUUGCAGAAAUGUAGACUAACACAUUUUUCAAACUGCAAUGGAAUUCUUCAGUGUGGCCUGAUGGUCAUAAAGAAUGACACAACCUUAACCUGUUACACUGUAAAAAACGAAAAAUGUUUCUAUUGAUUUUUAAAAAUCAGGUUUAAAGAAUAGCAAUGAAUGUAACUCAAAGUAAAUCAUGCUUCAGUGUGAUCAACUGUCCCUCUUAGUAUGUACACUACAGACAGCUUAAUCAAUUAUCAAAGAUGGUUCAAAUGAUUGAUUUCUAAUUAUAUUAAUUCACUUGCUCCAAAAAAAAAAA